AUGGCUAUGAUCAAGUUUCUCUACAGAAGAGAGUACUUUCCUACCAAAGACGCACUUGACAGUCCCCUCGAGUUUCUCGCCUCCGUCUACGAAGUUGCCGAUAAGUACCUGGUCCACCAACUCAAAAAGGACUCCCUCGAGCACUUCAGAUCCAUUCUGAAGGAGAACUGGGACGCAGACGAAUUCCUCCGUGUUAUCCCAUUCGUCUAUCAAAGCAGCCCCCAGACAGACCGUGGACUCCGGGACCUGAUGGUCCACGCAGCUUGUGCUCGUACUGAGGAGCUUACGAAGAGCGAGGGAUACCAAAAGCUUGACACGGUCGAGUUCACUAGAGAUGUGAUCUCGAGGAUUGGCGGAUACCACCACGCCAAAGUAUGCCUAAGCUGUGGGCUGUUCUUUGAAAAGGACGCCCAAGCCGAUACUUGCCAUCAAUGCAGCAUUGAGCUGUAUUUUAUUGAUGUUCAUAAAGCGUGA